AGUAGCCAUCUCUCCCAUUACAAACACUACCUUCUCCCUUUCGUCCAAAUGGCCGGAGGAAUCCCUUCGUUGUCCUGGAUCUUUGCUUUCACGUUCUCAAUGGUAUCCGAGCUCUCAAAAAGCAGAGAUCCAGGACAAGGAAGGGAUUCCUCCGGACUAGCAGGGGUUGAUUUAUGCCGGAAAGGAACUAGAGGAUGGCAGAAACCUGGCAGAUUACAACAUCCACAAGGAGUCGACCCUUCACCUUCAGCUGAGGCUUCGUGGAGGGAUGCAAAUAUUUGUCAAGACUCCGACACGUUUUUUCCAGAAGCUACAGAAGUAUGCAUCCACUGCAUCCACUGCCGACUUCCCUGGAUGAAUUUCCCUUGAUAGAUUUCUUGCUAGUACAGAAGUCAUCCAUUUAACUUCUUAAGAAUGUAAGUUGAGUCAAUUUUUUAUUAUUUAACCACAAUGUUUGAAUUGAGUCAAGUGGAGGUAAGGUAAAAGGAAGUUUAAAGAAGAAAAAUGGUUUUCUUAAGAAGGGAGAAGAAAUGUCUAAAUCACCCAUAUUUAAGAAAUGUCUAAAUUACCU